AAAGAACAACGAGCAACUUUCCAAAGGGCUAUGCGGCUGACCCUCAUCAUUGGACAAUGCUUUGGCCUUAAUCCAGUACUCGGAAUUUGUGAUAUUGAUAGUUCAAAAUUAAGGUUUACAUACUGUUCCGGGCGCUGUGUUUACACCUUAAUAGCAAUCGCUGGACAGACGAUUUUCUUGGAAUGUUUUUUUUUAAUCAAAUAUUUUAACGAGACUGGAACUUCAGUGACAUCAAAUUCUACUCUGGUUUUUUAUACUUCCAAUACGAUUAUGACAGUUCUAUUCUUACGCGUAGCGAAAAAGUGGCCUAAACUAUGCCAGUACAUAUCGAGAAUCGAAGCAGCGAACCCUGUCAGUGAUUCAACGCUUGUGAAGAAAUGCAAUGUGUCAUGUAUCGUGAUUCUCAUCAUGUCUGCUUUUGAACAUGGACUAGCAGAAUUCGCUGGUUUCGUUAUGGCCACAGACUGUCAACCCGGUAAAGUCUACGAGUCAUUUAUCGAACAUAGUUUUCCUUGGAUAAAUCUACACGUGGAAUAUACUUUUUUACUAGGCUUCAUAACACAGAUUCUAAACAUUCUAUGUACCUUGAAUUGGAAUUUUGGGGAUAUUUUCAUUAUAACUAUCAGUUUUUAUUUGACGUCAAGGCUGGAGCAAGUUAAUAAAAAAAUUGCCGCCGUCAGAGGAAAGUAUGUCCCGACGACUUUCUGGCGAAGCGUCCGUGAGGAUUACAACAGGGCAACGGAUCUCGUAAGACGUGUUGACGAGGUUAUAGGAAGCAUCAUAUUUAUAGCGUUCGCGAAUAACCUCGUAUUCAUCUGUAUGCAACUGUUGCAUACGUUUGCGAACGGCAUAAAAGCUGUCCCCAGUUGUCACAAUCCAGAUAAAAGACCGUUACAAGGUUACGAGCAAACAUUGUACUUCACGUAUUCCUUCGUUUUUCUCGUCAUGAGGUCAAUGGCCGUUUCUCUCGUAGCGGCUCAAGUCCACACAGCCAGUCGCCAGCCAGCAUAUGCUCUGUAUGAAGUGCCGUCUGCAGUUUAUUGUGUUGAGGUGCAAAGAUUUAUUGAGCAGGUCCAUGGUGAUACAGUCGCUCUGACUGGUCUACAAUUCUUCAAAGUUAAACGUGGAAUAGUUUUAGCUAUAGCCGGAACCAUUGUCACUUACGAACUUGUCCUGCUUCAGUUUACUGGAAUCACACCAACUGUCGCGCCACUGCAAGAUGACCUUGCCUAUAAAAAUUAAAAUUAAAA